AUGGCUGUCUCCUUCCAUGUUCGCUCUAACAGUUUCCCUUCUAGACUUCACCCACAAGCUGCUCAUGUCGAUGAGCAGUUGGCCCGAUUGAGAUCUUCUGAGGAAGCCUCAACUUCUUCUUCAAGCUCUUCUAUCUGUCAAAGACUUGACAGCGUUCAAGAGUUACACGAGUCUCUUGACAAGCUAAUUUGCCUACCUGUUACUCAACAUGCUCUAGCUCAAGAUCAGAACAAGAAGUCUGUGGAACAGCUUCUUGAUGGAUCCCUCAGGAUCUUGGAUUUGUGCAACGUUUCCAAGGAUGCUUUGUCACAGAUGAAAGAGGGUCUCUUGGAGAUCCAAUCGAUUCUAAGAAGAAAGCGUGGUGAUCUAUCUGGAGAGGUGAAGAAAUACUUAGCCUCAAGAAAAUCUCUCAAAAAGACAAUCCACAAAGUACAAAAGUCUCUGAAGGUUACACAUGCCGAAGACUACGAGGAAGAAUCUUUGGCUGUGUUUGGAGAAGCAGAAGCUGUCACAGUUUCUCUGUUUGAUUCCCUCUUUAGCUAUAUGUCUGGAUCAAGGAGUUGUGGCAAAUGGUCAGUCGUCUCGAAGCUAAUGAACAAGAAGAAAGUUACAUGUGAAGCGCAAGCAAACGAAUUCACAAGGAUUGAUUCUGAAUUCCAAUCGGAGAAGACUUUGAAGAUGGAUGCUGUUCAGAUCCUAGAGUCAUGCAUUCAAGAUCUUGAAGAUGGAGUUGAAUCUCUCUCAAAGUCUUUGAUUAAAUAUAGAGUCUCAAUUCUUAACACCUUAGGCCAUUAA